AUGUCUCUCCCCAACAUCGCCCUCGCCGGCGCAACCGGCAACCUCGGCCUCCCCAUCCUCACCACCCUCCUUGACUCAAAUUACCCCGUAACAGUCCUCUCCCGCAUCGGCGGAAGCUCCUCAAAGCUAAAACCACACCCAAACCUCACCAUCAAAGAAGCCGACUUCACCUCUGUGACCUCUCUAACAGCCGCACUCGAAGACUCCCACCCGGAAGUCCUCGUCUCCUGCCUCGCCACCCUGGCAAUUGGCAGCCAAAACCCGCUCAUCGACGCCGCCGCCGCCGCAGGCGUAAAGCGGUUCAUCCCCGCCGAAUUCGGGAUGGACUCGGUGAAUCCGCUCUGUGUGGAAUUACCGGUCUGUGCGCCCAAGGCUGCGACGCAGAGAUAUCUCACCGAGCGGACAAAGACCCAUCCUGGAUUCAGCUGGACGGCUAUUGCGAAUGGCCUGUUUCUGGACUGGUGUUUGGAGGCAGGGCUUAUUGUUGAUUUGAAGGCGCAUUCUGCGACGCUGUAUAAUGGGGGUGAGGUGGUGUUUAGUGCUACCCUGUUGAAGGAUAUUGCGAGGGCGGUUGUGGGUGUUGUUGAGAAUCGAGAGGAGACUAGGAAUCGUGUUGUUUAUGUGCAGUCGGCGCGUGUUACGCAGGGUAGGUUGAUUCGGUAUGCGAGGGAGAGGGAUGGGGUUGAAUGGGAUGUUAGGGUUAAGGGUACGGAGGAGGUGAGACUGGAGGGUCUGGAGGAGCUGAAGAAGGAUAAGCCGGAUGCUGCUGCGGCGAUGUUGGGUUUCUCUCUCGUUGGGUGUCUUGAUCCAGCGUAUGGGUGUGACUUUUCUGACCGUCUGGACAAUGACCUGCUGGGGGUGAAGGAGCUGAGUGAGGUUGAGUUGCGAGGGCUUGUAGAGAGUUUCCUGUGA